AUGAAAAGGAAUAAUCUUACUGAUAAUCAUCACCAACAGGUCACUCCAGGCCACCAUGCCCCCGAAACCCAGGAAGCCCCCGGCGUCGUGCAAUCCGAGUCCCUCGCCGCCCAGUCCCUGCACUCGGGCGGCGAAUUCUCCCACAACCGCGCCUCCCAGACGGAAGCCGUCUCCAGCUCCGACCUGAAGACGCAGUCCGGCCGCGGCGGCGAAGACUCAAACGGCGCCACGGCACCCGGAUAUGUCGUGGACCAGUACCUCACGGGCAAGGGCGGCCCGCACGGGAAGAACCUCAAGGAGGGGAUUGACGAGUCGGAGCUGAGGGGCAAGGAGAGCGAUGGGCUGCAGAAGGCGUUGAGGGCGGAGCCGGGGAGCGAGAACGAUCCGAGUCGGCUUGCGGAGGAGAGGAUGCUGCAGAGGGAUACGAUGAGGGCGGAGGGGGCUGGGCCGAGGCAGGGUGGUGUUGAGGGGGGGACCAAGUAUGAUCGGUUGGAGAGCGAGACUUCUUCGUGA